CACGGUGGGCGGGACCAGGCAGGCGGGGGCGGACAAAGUCCGGGGACUAUAAAGGCUAGUCCAGCAGCGUCCGGUCAGUCCCAGCUUAGAGCUUAACUAACACAGCCAUGCCAGGGCAGAGACCGACACCACCACACUGCUCUCCGAUGCUGCUGAUGCUGUUCAUGUUCUCCUGGCUGCCGUCGCGAGGCGCCCUAUCUCUGGCCCAGGAGCACCUCCCCACUUUCCCGGGACCCUCAAACGUGCACUCCAGUCCUGAUGUCUCCAGAUUCCGGGAGUUGCGGAAACGCUACGAAGAUUUGCUGACCCGGCUUCGGGCGAACCAGACCCGGGAAGACUCGAACCCGGACCUCAUUCCCCUUCCUCAAGUCCUGGUAGUCACUCCAAAGCUGCGACUUGGACCAGGCGGCCACCUGCACCUGCGCAUCCCCCGGGUCGACUUAACUGAGGCGCUCCCGGCAGCCUCCCGCCUGCAUAGGGCCCUUCUCCGGCUGUCCCCGAAGGCGCGGAGCUCGUGGGACGUGACGCGGCCACUACAGCGUCAGCUCAGCCUCGGAAGCUCCCGGGCUCCCGCAAUACGCCUGCGACCGUUGCGGCGACCGGACCAGUUGCUGGAGGCAUUGUCUUCUGCACAGCCCCAGCUUGAGCUGCACUGGCGGACAAGCGCCACCAGGGGACGACGCCACGCGCAUGCUCGCACCCGGGACGGUUGCCCGCUAGGGGAGGGGCGCUGCUGUCGCCUGCAGAGCCUGCGCGCGUCGCUCGAGGACCUGGGCUGGGCUGACUGGGUGUUGGCGCCGCGCGAGCUGGACGUGCGCAUGUGCACCGGCGCGUGCCCGAGCCACUUCCGAUCGGCUAACACGCACGCGCAGAUGCAAGCGCGCCUGCAUGGCCUGAACCCUGAUGCUGCGCCUGCCCCAUGCUGCGUGCCAGCCAGCUACGAUCCGGUGGUGCUCAUGCACCAAGACAGCGACGGCCGCGUGUCACUCACGCCCUUCGACGACCUCGUGGCCAAGGACUGCCACUGCGUGUGAGCAGCCCUGGUCCUUCACUUAUGGCACAAAUGCAAUGGAAAUGACUUCAGUUGUCCUUGUCUGUCUAGUGGGCUCGUGGAACCUGAAAUACCCGAUUCCUAACCAUUGCUGUCUGCUCCCUCCUGGCCCAAACCUAUGUAUUUAUGUUUGUAUUUAUUAUUAAUUUAUUGGGGUGAUCUGCCUGGGAAUUGGAGGGCUGGGGAGGCGUGGUCUGACAGGGUGUGCGUUUAUGGAAAACUCUGGUAAUAAAAAUGAAGCUGUCUGACCUGA